UAAAGGAGUUCUUGUUCCCUUGGAAACAGCUGGUUGCCAAGGGAUGAUGCAUCUGCUCCUUUAUGACAUAAUCUCCGUGUGAGGGACAUAACCUCAGUGUGAGGGAUAAAUUCCUUGACCCCAGGGUUCAGCAGUUGCUGGAUGUAGACUAGUUUGAAGCUACUGGUGAUACGUACCCUUUUGAGCAAAGUUUUAAAGAAAAUUACAUAAAGGCCUGCAGGCGCUAUGGAGGACGAGGAGAGAAGGAGGAAGAUUGAAUAUGGAAGAGCUAUUGCAGCAGCGUGGCGGCUUAGCGGGGCGGCAGACGCGAUGGAGGAUGAGGAGAGACAGAGGAAGAUUGAAUAUGGAAGAGCAAUUGUAGAAGUGUGGAGGCUUAGCCAGCCCUCAGAAGCAAUGGAGGAGGAGGAGAGAAGGAGGAAGAUUGAAUAUGCAAGAGCGAAGCUUGCUCAGUAUCGACAAAGAGAAGCCCGAUGUGUUGGGCAGACUACUAAGAAGAGUAAAAAAGUUUCAAGCUGUAAACAAGAUGAACACAGCUCAAAUAUUAAUGAAUGUAGAAAUGACAUGUUUAAGAAUGUUUCUCAACGUAUAGAGACUAAUGGGAAUGCUGAUUCCACCGACAUGAUAUUAUUUCCCAGUGGACAAACAAAGAAGCAUAAUCAGGUCUUAGCUGAGAGCCAUGCCAGCAACAGUGCACCUGCUUCUCAAGAGUACAGAGGAUGACAAAGCCAGCCUUGUGUGUGCUACUUGGGUAGCUUUGGAAGGGUAAUAUUGGAAGAAUGAGUGGGAAUCAUCGAGGGGUUAACAAAAAAGUAAGGGAAGCAAACUCUGUGCAGAAAUAAAGGCAUUAACAAAGAUAAAAAGAAGUAUGCUGUGUGAUGUGGUAAUAGGAGAUCGAUUUCAUAUGGAUUCCAAAGGGAAGGGGUAGGGUGGUGGCAAUUUUGAGGUUUUGGAAAUGGUGCUCACGCCAGCUCUCCUAGAAAUUACCCAAUGAAUCCUAAUUCCCCAAGUCCCUUCCCCUUGUCUAAUGGUGCAACUUUCUGAAAUGUUGGAGUUAGAAUGAAGUAUAAUGGUUGGUAGGUGAUUGGCUCACCAACCAAGAUGAGAAAUAGAGGGAUGGGUUACUCAGGAGAGUAUUAGGAGGGUGGAUUUUAUUUUAAUGUUGUGCUACACCAUAUUUAUGUAGAAAUAAGAUUAGAAUCGUUAGGAAUUGUACUAACAAGGGUUUCUAUUUCUGUGACAAAAUACCGCACCCCAGAAGCAGGGUGGGGAGGAAAGUGUUUCUUCGACUUAUGCGGCCACAUUUCUGUGCAUCCCUGAGGAGGUUAGGACAGGAACUCAAAGAGGACAGCAGCUGAUGCAGAGGCCAUGGAGGUGCUGCUUACUGGUUUGCUACCCAUGGUUUGUUCAGCCUGUCUUCACACAUGGGAAACUUCAGCACAUGGAGACUGAAGUGCGAUGUAGUUUCAUUUCUGCUAUUGUAAUAAAUACCCUAAUAGAAGCAUCUUAGGGGAAGAAAGAGUUUAUUUGACUUAUGAUUCCAAGGUCUAGUCCACCAUUGCAGGUAGAUCAAGCUCGAGGAAGCUAAUCCUAUUUCAUCCCACAACCCAAAGAUAAUAAAUGUGUACACGCCUAGUAUUCUGCUCCCUUUCUGUACUCUUAAAAAGUCUGGGACCCAAACCUAGGGAAUACAGGUACAUAGAUUGGGUUCUCCCUUUCCACAUCAGUUAGCCCAAUUAAGAAAAACUUUUCACAGGCCACCCUAUGUAGAUGAGUCCUCACUGAGCCUCUCCCCAGGUGAUUCUAGGUUGUGUCUAGGUGACAGGUAAGCUAAACAUCAUUUGGGAGGGCUGGGGAGGUAGAGGCGUGCCUGGGCUGUGGAGUGAGACUUUGGAGAGGGGGACAGGAGGAGAAGGGAAGAGGGAGACACACUGAAAAUAUAACU